GCACAGACACAGGAACACAAGCCAGAUCCCUGAUCUCUCCAAGAAAUCACAGCAUAUAAACUGCUGCCCAAAAGCAAGCCUCGGAGAACUUCAAUAACCUCCAGGAAAGCUCUGAGGUUAGGGAGACUAGCACAGCCAAAGAAGACAUGAGGAGUCUGCUGGCACUGCUGAUCGUGACUCUGGCCCUGGCAGCACUCUGCUGUUGUGAGAAAGAUCCCAAAGAACCCUCAGGAUCUCUCAGUACUGACAGCAUCAAGAUUAAAAAAGAAGUUGCCAAUGCCUUUGUGAAGAGGAGGAAGAGAGCCAGCCCUUACGAAUGGUACUUGGAGUAUUACAAAAGUCCCAUGGAGCAGAUGCACGAGCGCUGUGAGAACUACCCCCCCUGUGACUAUCUCUCUGACCAAGUAGGGUUUGCCUUGGCCUACAACCGCUUCUUUGGGAGAUACUGACGAGGGGAAGGUCUCUCCGCUCGUUUGGCUUGGAACACUCCAAACCCCACAGGAGAAAGAAGCUGUGGUUGGGAAAGAGGGAAGGAAAACAUCUGGACUGGCAUCUUCUUCUGUUGUCUCCCAACCAGCUGGAACACCAAGGCAGGGAUUAUCCCACUUGUUGAGCUUCCAUUAACUUUCUUCCUUUCAUCAAUAGUCUCUUUUCAAACAUAUUUUGUGGUAUUUUGAGCUUCACCAGAAGACUUUGUCUUAUUUCCUUCCACCUGAAUCCCCAGCAUACAAUAUGUGGAAAAUAGGGAUUAGUUUCAAGAAAACCACUGCAUGCCUUAGAAACAUCACUAGAUCUCUUAUCCUCUUCUGCAAAAUACAGGAGGAUUAUGGAAGAAGAAUGUCACAGUGUGUGUAAAUGUGAUGGAUCUGAUUCUGGGAUGCUCGCUGUGAAGAAGGAAGAACAGCUGCCUCCUGUUCCAAUUAGUGGGAAAGUUCAGUAUUUUCAUGUAGUAUAAUCACAUUAAAUAUGCAUCACAGUAGGAUCAUUUGUAAAGAUAGAAGUGUGCAUACUCUUGCAUAGAUAGCAAUCAGCUUCUGGUACACUUUUCUGAUUAUUCUGUCAUAAAAAUUUGCUGUAUAGUAACAAUAAAUAAAUCCCAAAAGGUGUGUUUAAGGAGUCCUUUUAGAUGAGCCCUUGCAUUUGUGUGCUACUUUUCGUGACUGUAAAAAGAACCCUCAAAUUCUCUUGGUUUUUCUCCUUUUUUGGGUUUUUUUUUUGGGUUUUUUUGGUUUUUUUCUCCCAACCAGCUUCUAGUGAAACUAAAAAUACCCAGCAGAACAAAAAAAAAAAAAAAAAAAAAAAAAAACCAAAAAAAAACCAAAAAACAAAAAACCAAAAAACUGACUUCUCCUCCGUUGCUUCUGCAUUUGUGCUUGAAACUAGAAGCAUCUAAACAGCUAAAAUUUUUUAAAAAGAAGAAACUGAAGCUAUAACCAUUAUGAAAUUAAAAAAAAAAAAGAAAAUUGGUUCAAGGAUGGAUUGAAAUUGGGAUAGUGUUUUGUUUAUUCAAAGCAAUUGGUAGUUAAAUAUACAUAUAUAUAUAUAAUGUACAUGUAUUUUUAUCUACAUAUUGUCUUCCCUCUGCACUGCUUCAUUCUGUCCUCUGGUAUUAAUAUUAUACCUUAGCAUCUUUCUGCAUGACCUUGCUAAUAUACUGUGUCAGCUUUCCUUCCCUGAGAGGCGGACAGCAGAUCACACCUCCGAGGACAGGGACUGCGGGUGCUCAGGAAACUGGCAGAGACCAAAGCUCUGGUUACUUGUAAGCUGGUGCAACCAUCCUCAGCUGCUCAUUGCAAUAAAUACUGCACUGUAAAGCA